AUGGAUGCCAACCGUCCCAGGAUGCCCGGACUUGGCCCCAGCUAUAGCUCGGUUCCCAGGUUCAACUUGGGUCCCGGCGUCAGCUCCGGCCCCCAGGUCGCCUUGGGCCCCAGAAUCACCUCCGGCCCCCAGUUCAACUUUGGUCCCAGCGUGCACUCUGCCCCCCAGUUCGGUUUUGUCCCCAGCAUGAGCUCCAGCCCCCAGUUCAACUUGGACCCCAGGGGUAGCUUGGGCCACGAGGCUAGCUCUAUUCCCAGAGUCAGCUCUGACUCCCAGUUCAGGUUUGGAUCCGGUUUCGGCUCUGGCUCUCAGUUCCAUUUUGGAGCCAGUGUCAACUCUGGCUCCCAGUUCUACUUCGGAGCCGGUGUUAACUCUGGCUCCCAGUUCAACUUUGGCCCCAGCUCGGGCUCCCAGUUCAGUUUGAACCACAAAGUCAGUUCCAGACGCAGUGCCAGCGUGGGCCCCGUCAUCAGCUCUGACCCUCAGUUCAGUUUGGCCCCCAGCAACAGCUCUGGGGUCCAGUUCAGCUGGGGCCACAAAGUCACCUCUAACCCUAAUGUCAGCUCAGGACCCCCGUUCGGCUUCGGCCCCAACACCAGCUCUACCUCCCAGUUCAGCGUGGGCCACAGGGUCAGCUCUAACCGCAGUGCCGGCUUGGGACCCAUCGCCAGCUCUGACCCUCAGUUCAGCUUGGCCCCCAGCAACAGCUCUGGGGUCCAGUUCAGCUGGGGCCACAAAGUCACCUCUAACACUAAUGUCAGCUCAGGACCCCCGUUCGGCUUCGGCCCCAACACCAGCUCUACCUCCCAGUUCAGCUUGGGCCGCAGGGUCAGCCCCAGCCACAGUGCCAGCUUGAGCCCUGUCAUCAGAUCUGACCCUCAGUUCAGGUUGGCUCCCAGUGUCAGUUCUGGCCCCCAGUUCGGCGUGGGCCACAAGGUCAGCUUCAGCCCCCAGUUCAGCUCAAACCCCAGCAUCAACUUGGGUCCCAGUUUCGGCUUCAGCACCGGCAUGGGGCCCAGCCCCCAGUUUAGCUUUGGCACCAACGUUGGCUCUGGUCCUCAGUUCAGCUUUGCCCCCAACGCCGGCUCCAGGCCCAAAUUUGGCCCCGACCCCAGCAUCGGCUCCUUCGCCAGAUUUGGCUUCAACCCCAACAUCGGCUCCGGCCCCGGAUUUGGCUCCAGCCCUGUCUUCGGCUCCAGACCCCACUUCAGCAUUGGCCCCAGCACCGGUUCUGGUCCCCACAUCGGCUCGGGCUUUGGCUCCAGCCCCCAGUUCAAAUUCGGUUCCAACGUCAACACCGGGCCCAAGUUCAGCUUCAAUUCCGGCAUCGAAUCCAGCCCCCAGUUCGUCUUUGGCGCCAGUGUCAACUCCAGCCCCAAGUUCAACUUCACCCCCAGGCCCAGAUCCAGCCCUGCCUUCAGCUCUUAUGGCGUCAAUGUCAGCCCUGAACAGGAAUACAUGGAGGUGUCUCCGCCCCAAGGAACAAGGGAUGAAUUUCAGUCCACCGUGGACUUCAACAACCCGUUCCCUUCAAUGGCUGCAGGCAACCGGCCCACUGAUUCGAUUAUUCCAGCUUAUGAAGCCAGUAGGAAUCCAGUGCCAUUCCAGGGGACCACAAACCCUGAUCCCAUCACUCUGAGUGGGAUGGAAUCAACUUUCCACAGAUUAUUCCAGGAGCAAAUUCGGGGGGCCUCGGAAAUGGGCGGGGUCAACAAUGCCAAUCAGUACUCAGGUCAGAGGUCCCAGCUGGGUCUCUUCUCCUCCUCCCCCUUCUCCACCAACCAGCCUAGGCCCAGAAUAAGAGUCCUGAGCAGGAAUCAAUCUCUGGAGGCUGACUCUUCACCCUCCACAUUCAAAUUCAAGGGCAACAUGGCUCCAGAAAGCUUCAGGGCCGAGCAACAGUUCCCUCAGGCCCCUGGACAAGGUGCGGAUCAUCCCCAGCAGAAUGUCUGUCGCCGCCUGUGCUGGGAUUCUUAAAGCUAUAGAGUCAGAGAGCUGAUGUGUGGGUCACCCUCUUCUUUCUCUGUACACCCUCACAUCCAGAUACUCCCUUCCACACAAUUCACAUUUUCCACCACCUUUCUUUUUGCCCCUUUGGGGCACGUAUCCUCCUCUUUUGCGCACGUGGGCAGCCCCCAGCCCCAAAACCCCAAUAGUGCACGGAUUCCUAGCUCUUAGAUGCCUUUAGGGCCAGGCUCAGCCCCUCUAGCUUAGCAACCCCCCUUUCUAGACGCUCAGCCCAGCACCAAAAUAGAUUCAAAUUCAGUUACAAAUAGCGAGGAAAUAGCUACGAACAGCGAG